AGUUGUUUUAUGCUUUUCUGACUUUUGUCGGUCACGACCGUUUAACUGUGAAACCAGAGUUUGCGUAUCUACUAGAAUUCAAAUUACAGUACCCAAUGCACAAUAACUCAUCUGAGCUUUUCUUUUUUCUUUGCUUGGGUAUUACAGAUUGAACCUAAAGAUUUGAUCUUUCUCUGUUACUACUAUAUAUUUCUUGCUGCAAACUGUGGGAUUCCAGGUUUCUUGUUUUACUCAGAUCUGACUCUUUUGGGGUUUUAGUUUGAAGAAUGGAUUUGCAUUUGAAGAACUUAUUUGGUAGGUUUCAGGAUCAAUUCGGGUCAGGUCCGGGUCUAGGACCUGGAUCCGGGGUUUGUCUUAUGAAAGUUGAAGGUAUAUCUUCCAAUAUUGUUCAAUCAAUAUUUAGAGCUUCAGCUUGUUUAUUCAGAAGUGAGCCAUGGAAGAGGCUCAGACCAGGUCAUUUGUUUGGUGUUCGGGUAGGGAAAGACUCAGAUUGGUCAGGAAAGAGACAGCCUUUCCAGUGUGUUCAGUUCAUAGGAGGGGACGGUGGUGAUAUAGCGAUGUAUAUGUAUAGGUCCAUGAGCUAUGCACUGAAAAUGACUGAUGAUUCAUGGGAAAUGGCUAGAGUUCCUAAUGUUGAGGUUUUGAGGGUUACUUAUGAGCUUGAAUCAUUGAUGUUUCCUUCUAACAAGAGGAUGAUUAAGUCUUUGUCUUUAGAGGUUUCUGGAACUGAUCGGUUUCCGGUCAUUGAUGUUGCGCGGUGCACGACCUCUGGUGAGCUAAAGUUUAGAAGCCCGACACUCGAAGAGCUUAGGCUUGUGUUUGCAGUAAUGAAAGCUCUUUCUUUGGUUCAUCCUUUGCUGCUUGAAGAGGAGAUGCAAGUCAGGGGAUUGCCAAGGAUGAUAAAGUUUUCGCCUUUUAUUGAGACUGUUGAUGUUCAGUGGCCACCAGAGAUGUUCAAGGGCCAUGAUUUUGUUGCUGUUACAGUUUCACAUCCUCCUGGACAAUCAUAUGAACAGAAGUCCAAGAAAGCUGUGUUGGCACACGAAGAUGAAGCGUUGGACUUAGUUUCAGGAAUGGCCAAUUUGCGCGUUGGUAAUAAUGGUGCAGAAGCAGGUUUAAGCCGGUGCACAAUGUGUGAGAAAGCUGUUUAUAGAGAUGAGUGUGUUUGUUGUAGCCAUUGCCGUGCAACCAUCUACUGUGAUUCAGACUGCGAGAAACGUCACUGGCGAGAAAUGCACCGGAGUGUUUGUAGUCUCUAUGAAGCUAUGAUGAGUAGAGAAGAAGAGCUCAAGCUAAAGAUCUUCACUUUCUCGUGUUAUGCUGAAAACACAUGUGAAUGGCUUGGAUCUUUAGGCAUCCAUAAAAAGGGAAUGUGGAGAAGACAAUGCAGUUGCUAUUCUCACCAACCUUUUGGACUCUUACACUGUUUCUCCUCAGAUGCACAAUCUGAAUCAUGGGGAGGGCUAGAGGAAGGAGACUCUCCACAAGAUUUACCUAUUCAGAGUCUGAACAACGGGCGUUCACCAGGUCUAAUACUCAUGUCAGAUUGGUCAGAUUACUAUGAUUUACGGUGUCUACCACGGUCAAGCCCGGUUGCUGACAUUCUCUGUUACCCUUUAACCCUUUACCACAUAUUAACAUCAGUAAGCACCCAUUCAAAGAAUCUGUUGCUGAAAGGGAAAGAAGUAACUGUCCAUUACUUAGGUCCAGAACGAGAACUUGACUGGAUCAAAGCCUUUGCAGAGAUCAAUCACUUGCUUAAUGGUUUAGGAACCGUGCAGAUCAUAAUGAUCGGACCUGAAGUUCCACCUGACUUAUCUGGUACAAUAGCAACAACGUCAACGACAAACAGCAGAGUUAAGGUGAGCUUUGUGAGAGGUUUGUACCAAGAAGAGGUAACAUACCUGACUUCACCGGAUAUCAUUGUAGCUUUGAACUGUGACCUUGAUGGGUACUCGAGCUGGGGAGGAGCGGUUGAGACAAUGAACAAUAUGGGAAACCCUGGUUUCUUCACUGAUAAGACAGAAGAAGCUUGUGGAAACACAAAGGCAGUUUUGCGUAAUGCAGGGCUGAAUAUAUCUCAUCCUGUUGCUCCUAACCCUUUCCGCUCACCUGUGAGGACUUGCGCAAAGUCCAGCAAUCUUCCCUGUUACAGCAACGGCUUCAUUCUUGGGGUGAAUACAUAAAAGACUUGUCUU